GGCCCCGCCGCGGGCCCUUCCCGUUCCUGCGCCUUUAACGCGGCCCCUGCAGGCCGGGGCCCGAACAUGGCGGAGUCCGGCGGGGCCGAGUUCGCCGCGGAGCCGCCGAGCAGCCUGUCUCUCUUGUUCUGUUUUUAGCAUGGCUGACAAGAACAGCACCCUGAAAUGCACGUUCUCUGCUCCUGGCCACAGCACCACUCUACUGCAGGGACUGGCCUCGCUCCGAGCUCAGGCUCAGCUGCUUGAUGUCAUCCUCACUAUAAAUAAUGAAGUGUUUCAGGUUCAUAAAGUUGUCUUGGCUGCCUGCAGUGACUAUUUCAGGGCAAUGUUUGCAGGCGGGAUGAGAGAAGCCAGCCAAGAUGUGAUUGAACUGAAAGGUCUAUCUGCAAAAGGACUGAAGCACAUUAUAGACUUUGCGUACAGCGCUGAAGUGACUCUUGAUCUUGACUGCAUUCAGGAUGUGCUGGGAGCUGCUGUCUUCCUCCAGAUGGUGCCUGUCGUAGAGCUCUGCGAAGAAUUCCUGAAGUCUGCCAUGAGCGUAGAAACGUGUCUCAAUAUCGGGCAGAUGGCCACCACCUUCAGCCUCGCAUCCUUGAAGGAAUCAGUAGAUGCAUUCACUUUUAGGCAUUUCCUGCAGAUCUCUGAGGAAGAGGAUUUCCUCCACCUGCCCCUGGAGCGCCUUGUUUUCUUCUUGCAGAGCAAUAAGCUGAAAAGCUGCAGUGAAAUAGAUCUGUUCCGGGCCGCCGUCCGGUGGCUGCAGUAUGACCCAACCCGCCGUGCCAACGCCAGCCAGGUCCUCUGCCAUAUCCGCUUCCCACUGAUGAAGUCCUCGGAGCUGGUGGACAGCGUCCAGACCUUGGACAUCAUGGUGGAAGAUGUCUUGUGCCGGCAGUAUCUGCUGGAGGCCUUCAACUACCAGAUCCUGCCCUUCCGGCAGCAUGAGAUGCAGUCCCCUCGCACCACCAUCCGCUCGGAUGUCCUGUCCCUCAUCACCUUCGGUGGCACUCCCUACACCGACAACGACCGCACUGUGAGCUGCAAGGUCUACUACCUGCCGGAUGCCAGCGUGAGGCAGUUCAAGGAGCUGACGGAGAUGGAGGUGGGCAGCAGCCACUCCUGCGUGGCCGUGCUCGACAACUUCGUCUACAUCGUUGGAGGGCAGCACCUGCAGUACCGGAGCGGGGAGGGAGCUGUGGACAUCUGCUACCGCUACGAUCCGCACCUGAACCAGUGGCUGCGCAUCCAGGCCAUGCAGGAGAGCAGGAUCCAGUUCCAGCUCAACGUCCUGCAUGGCAUGGUGUAUGCCACCGGUGGGAGGAACCGCUCGGGGAGCCUGGCCUCUGUGGAGAAGUAUUGCCCCCAAAAUAAUGAGUGGACCUACGUGUGCUCCCUGAAACGCAGGACGUGGGGGCACGCGGGAGCCACGGUGGGAGGCAAGUUGUACAUCUCAGGUGGGUACGGCAUCUCGGUGGAAGACAAGAAAGCCUUGCACUGCUACGACCCCACUGCGGAUCAGUGGGAGUUUAAAACCCCAAUGAAUGAGCCCAGAGUUCUGCAUGCCAUGGUCAGUGCAAAUAGCAGGAUUUAUGCUUUGGGAGGACGCAUGGACCAUGUUGACCGUUGCUUUGAUGUUUUGGCUGUGGAAUAUUAUGUGCCUGAAACAGACCAAUGGACCACGGUGAGCCCGAUGCGCGCGGGGCAGUCGGAAGCAGGCUGUUGUUUACUAGACAAAAAGAUUUAUAUUGUAGGAGGGUACAAUUGGCAUCUGAACAAUGUCACCAGCAUCGUGCAGGUGUAUAACACCGAAACUGAUGAAUGGGAAAGGGACCUACAUUUCCCAGAGUCUUUUGCUGGGAUAGCAUGUGCUCCCGUUAUCCUGCCGCAAGGAAUGACCCAGAGAUAACUCCGUGCGACGGCGUCAGCCCGUGAAAUCGCCUCGUGUUGCAUGUGAUCAGAUGCUGUGUUGUUCCUUUGUUGUUUGCAAAUGGUUUUGUGCAUUUUGUGGGUGAGGGAAGGAGAAAAAUAGCUUGUGUUCCCUCCUCCAUGAAGUCCCUCCUCCUCUUCUGUAGUGUUCUGGCAAGCGUGUUCCAUCAGAAGCACUUGUCAGCUAGUUAGACUUAACAGAUGUUACAGCUGGAAAAAGCUUUCCUCUUCCUUUUUUUUCCUGGUUGGAUGGGGGAUGCAUUUUGCCAACUCUUCAUCUUUGUAACAAUAUUCCACAUUGCAAACCAUGGCCAGCUCAGGGGGCACUGGGGACUGGGGGAUGUUCAACAGAGUUCAGGUGUGAUUUUUGUAUUACUAGCUCCAAACAUGGAUGUCGCUCCUUUGUUUUUUUAGCAGACAAACAAACCAAAAGCUGUAAAACACACUGACCUCCAGAAGCAAUAACGGGACAGUGGGAGCUCCAGGAGCUCAGGUGCUUGGAUCAGGAAAGCAGAUUCUUGCUUUUCAAAGGUAACUUUUGGGGUUUCUUUCCCCUUUUCAAAGGGGAGUACUUAGCCCUGCACACCUCUGGUCUCCGUUGGUUCUCCACUGCUUGGAUCACCCUGCGAUUCCAGAUCCCUUCCUCACCCCAUCCAGACAGCAGCAUGAUCCUCUAGUCCAGAAGUUCUCCCUACCUGGGGCAUUCAGUGUUUGCCACACUAAAGCCAUGACAAUAGCUACAUUAUGUACAAAUGAGCAGGAUUCUUUUCCUUAUGAGUGCCAAGAAUUUGGCUGCCCUGGCAAUAAGAGCUGUGGCUGCUCGGCUGGGCUGAGCCCCAGGGAGCACCCAGAGGCUCUGGUUUGGGUCCUGCUGCCUUUGCCUUGCCACCAAUAUGUGUCCAUCCAAACUCCUUUUGUGCAGGAAAAGGGGUGGGUGCUACUUCUUCAGAAGCUUGAAGGUUUUCUCCCCUGACUUGUCAAUAAGCUACUCGGCAUCGUAACGUGAUGGAAGUCAAAGUGGAAUGGGGUUUGUUGUUGUUGUUGUUGCCAAUGGGUAUUUUAAAUGAAGAGAUUAAUUUGAAGAUGACUCUGUAAUUUUGGUGACAUCUGUAUUUGCUGCACAGGGUUCGGUUCCUUCCUGAACUUUCCUCCAAGCCAUUUUGUCUAAUUCAUUUGACCAGUUAAUAAAUGGAAGGUUUUCUGUUCCAAGGGCUGUGUUUGUACCCGAACGAGUUUGAUUUCGAUGUAUGCAGCCUUCUUUUUAGACAAACUUGCAUUCUUCUGUUGAAUAAAUACUGUGCUGUAACCCUUUAGA